AUGCGCACUCUUACUACGCUUCUCCUGGCGUGGCUCUUCAUAGGCCCUGCAGUCGGCCGCUCUCAUUUCCAACGCAAAGACCCCGACAUCAACAUCUCAAUUUCACCAGCCAGCUUCUUGGACAAAUCCUCCCAUGCCCCGCGCGCGGACACCAAUAGUCCCACCGACUUGAGCUGGGUUAAGAUUUGGGCAGCCCUCGGGGACAGUUUCACGGCAGGAAUUGGUGCCGGUCAAUUAUACACAUGGGCGGUGCUGACCUGGCAUGCUCUCGGUAUGACCAGUCUUGGCCUGCGGUACUGGAACAACGGUUUGGUAGUCAGCGGUAUUUCAACUUUUCUGCCUGUAGCGGAGAUCGACCAUAUCAGCACGAUCCUGCAGCCGAACAUACGCGAUAUCCUUACCGAGCUCAACAACAAAGUCAAGAAAGACGGUAUCCUCGUGUACACACUCUAUGCGCAAUACUUCAACACUGAAAACGAAGACUGCGCAGAGAAACACGACUGGUCGUUCCCGAGUGUCGCAGGUUUUGAAGCCCUCCCACUCACGGUUGAACGGCGUGAAAAGUUCAACAAGCUCGUGUUGAACAUCAAUAAUGCCAUUAAGGAGGUUGUGUACGAGUAUAAUUCAAACCCUGAUAUCGGGUACCGCAUCACAACCGCAGACUGGGAUGUAUGGCCUCGCCAGGCUGUCGUGGGCCAGUUCUGCGUCCCGGGAACCGGGCGUGAUUAUCCAGACGAGGAUCAGCCUGAUUUACAUUCCUUUCGACCCAGCCUCGGGUCUAAAGAGCCCGGUGGGCAUGAUGGCCUCAAGAGGCGAGCUCUCAUGUCUCGUGGGACAGUCAAUGAGAGUGAGGCCCAACAAUACGAAGCUGAAAUAUACAACUCGAUGUUUUACAGCUCUGCAAAUCCAGGUGCGGAUACCAUAAGAAGUCUGGAGGGUCGAGCUCCCUUUCCCGCCGACUGCCCCGGUGAUGACAGCUGGACUUAUGGAUUCGGACUGCCAGAUAGGUGGGGGAAAUGGUUUCAUCCAAACGAGCUCGGCCAUCGCACGAUAGCUUCGUUCGUGCUAGAGGCGAUAUUUGCUCAACGGGUCAAAAUCCUAGGGGUCACGAACGAAGCCUGCACAGACACGAUGGACAGGACGUACAAGAUAUAUUGCGAUGAAGUGAACCUCCUGGGUGACAGCGACGAACGUGUUUUCUAUGAUAACACACCCGACGGCCAUAGGUACCGAAUUUUCAGAACCGACAGCUCAAGCGAAUUCUCGGUAGAGAAUUGCAAAUCGGCUUUCAAAAGCUGGUUCAUAGCUGCUGGUCUGGCAGCCCACUGA